AUGCAUCAACUGCAGCAGCCAGCAAUAUCAACAUUUGGGGUGUGCCGUCACCAUCUACUCCAGUCAGCAUCAGAGAUGACAUUGUUAAUAAAUACACUACAUUUUUACAUCAGUCAUCCAGUCACUGAGGUAGAGGUUAAACAUAAGCAGACUGUUGCUAGCACAGCUACACCAACCACAAGCUCUGUGGCGGAAGAAUGCCAGGAACUGGACAUUCCAGAAGAUUUCCUAGACCCUAUCACGUGUGAAGUCAUGGCAGUGCCGAUGUUGCUACCAUGUGGUAAGAAUGUUGACCAGUCUACCCUGGAUCAUUACUUCAGUGUGGAAGCUACAUAUGGGAGACAACCCAGGGAUCCGUUCACAGGGGUACAGUUUUCCAGCACAAACAGGCCUGUCCCAAAUGGUGCUCUCAAAGGCAGAAUUGAUAAGUUUCUUAUGGAACACAGUAAUGACACAGCAACUUUUAAAAUUGCCCGAACUGUGGGCACAGGCCUAAAUUCAUCCCUUCUAGGGAAACGAAAACAUUCUGGACAUGUCAGAGGCAUAUCAUCAGUUGUAUUAAAAAGUCCAGGCAUGCAGCCCUCACAUGCGUCGAGUGAUGAUCAGGUAAACGUGAGCACUACUAAAGUGACCAGAAAGCCACCAGAACAGCAAGAAUGUCACCAGGUUAAAACAAUACCCAAGUCCAGUGGUCUCGGUCAGAGUGAUCAUGCCAAAAGUCACAAAGAGUCCCAGAUGUCAGGGAAGAGACAAGUGAUUUCACUUGCAGCUUCUUGCAGUAACCAAGUAGAACAUUCACCAGGGUAUUCCCAUGAAACCCAGCUUAAGAACAGUUUAAAUAGUGCUCUGUCUUCUAUUCUCAGCUGCUUGCCAUCAUAUCCACUACUUUUACAAAGCACAACUGAUAAUUAUUCAUGUUUUUUGUGUAACAGAGCACUUUCAGACCAGGUGUCAUAUGUAACUCCUUGUCAUCAUUACAUGUGCCGUGACUGUUUGACAUCUGACAGCAUUACAUCAUCUGUGACAUGCAGAGUUUGUCAACAUAAUUUCACAAAAAGGGAUGUUUUAAGGCGGCAUCAUGUAACUUAA